AUGAACCACAGAAAUACAACUCACCAUGGUAGUCACAAAAGAAAUGACCCUGGCUCACGUGUUAAAGAUCUUUUAAUAAGUUCCACCUUGAAAUUUAUCGAAAAAAGGUGUGAGGAGCUGAAAAUUCCUGAAACAACUUUGAAGCCUUCUCCAAACUGCUGUCAAUCUUUGGUUGCUCUUUUAGAAUUGGGAAUGCUUUGUUCAAAAACAGAGGCUCUCAAACAAGAGAAACCUGAUGUUUUUAAUCUAGCUUACAAUGAUGAUAUUUGUUCAACUGCAAAAAAUCUCAAGAGUCUCGAUGAUAGAGACUCGGAAUUAGUGGUUUCCUCAUGUGUAAUGCUUACGGAAUAUCUACUUAUUCACAAACAAAAAAGAAACCUCAAAUUCAAUUUGGGCUUCUUACCUGCUCCUUUAUCCUUAAUAUCUUCGGAUUCCACCCUCGGUAAUUAUGAAUUUAAUAGUAGUGGACAAUGCGCCCUCACAUUAAGUAUGUACUUUAUAAAAACCUGCGGAAGAGCAUGCAAUGUAAACAGACCUCCAGUUGCAGGGGUUUCAAGUAUUCCAGUUUCGUGUAUGACUCAAUGCUCACAAUAUUCGAAGGACUUUUGUAUGGUUGGUUGUAAAAGAUAUGGUUGUUCAGUUGAAUAUUACGAUUGUAUGAACUUGUUGUGUGGGACCAGCCCAUGA